GUUUUCCCGGUGCCUCGUGCUUACCGCCACCUGCAAGGCAUCCUAAAAGCGAACUAAGAUUAAGCAUCUUGAACUUCCAACUUUACUCUUUCUUUUUCCAGAUCUCUGUUUGUUAUAACUUCCAGAACGCGGAACAUCCUUAGAUUCAACCUGUUUGCGCGCGAAUCUCUUAUAUGGACACCCGACCCGCUUCCGAGUACGCACAGCCAGACCAAACUUCUGCUGCUGCCAGUGCUCACUACACCCCGCAACCUGAGGUCCGCCCGACCUACACGCCACAACCUGAAGUGCGACCUAAUAUUUCGUCGUCAAACACCCCUCAGUCGGACUACGGUCUGAACCCUCCGCCCACCGCCCGCUCCCCUGCCUACCACCAGGACUACCUCCACCGCCCACCCCAAUCCUACGCUCCCAACUCUCAACCCGGUGGCGCGGCAGGUAUGGCUCAAGCAACAAGUCCGUUCAACCUGCCUACAGGCCCGCGCAGUCCGAUCGUUAAGUCUGACGCGCCCGUUCCUAUAGAUCCUUCCCUUCCGGCCAACAGCCCCACCUAUCCUCCUCCCUACUCUCCCUACCAGCCUCAGGGGCACGAGAUGGCUCAGUACCAGGGCCACCCGCCGCCUCCUCACCAGAUGUACGCGCGCCCGGACUGGCCUCACAGCUAUGGACAACAGCAUCACGGAUUGCCCGGUCCUUAUGCCUCUCCCGCUACAACGGUUGGUUCUGCCUCCCCUGUUGCCGCAACUGCAGGGCCGCGCCCUGGACAGGUUUACUCGUUCGUCCCAAUUCCUGGUGCGCAGCAGCACAAGCGUCCCCGUCGUCGCUACGAGGAAAUUGAGCGCAUGUACAAAUGUGGAUGGCAGGGCUGUGAGAAGGCAUAUGGUACUCUGAACCACUUGAAUGCACACGUGACUAUGCAGUCGCACGGCGCAAAGCGCACUCCUGAAGAAUUCAAGGAGAUCCGCAAGGAAUGGAAGGCUCGCAAGAAGGAAGAGGAGGCUCAGCGCAAGGCCGUUGAGGAGCGUGAGCGCGCUGCCGCCCAGGCUGCUCAGGCCAACCAGGUCGAGGCUCCCAAUCCUUCGGACCCCUCCCAUGGACAGCCACCUGCCUAUGGCAGUGGUGUCCGUCCUCAACUCCCUCCCAUCGGAUACCAGCCUGCGGACAGCCAAGUUCCGGGCCAAUACGGCGCCCCCCUGGUGGUGGCAUGGUCUAUCAGAACGGACAGAUGGCAUACCCUCCAAACUACCCUCACUCUCCCUACCAGAGCGGACCGGUGUACCCGCAACGUGAGUAAUGUCGCCAUCACCUUUAGGAUCGACCCUCUGGACCCCUUGACAAGGUCAUCCUCGCCCGACCUUGUCCCGUCCGCUGAUCUCAAACCCGGCUACGGCUUCCAGAGACCACAUCCGUCAGCUACCCGCAAUAAUCCUCCAAUAAUCAAAUAUCCAUCAAUUACGCUCUGGACGGACGGAACUGCAUUGCCCUUGUUUUGUUUUGCUUUCUGUGCUUGUGUUUUUUCCCUUUCUAAUCACGAUAUCCCCUAUCCUUGACUAAUGUUCUCGUCCUGGAUUUCGAUCCCCCCUCUCAUCCCCCCUCCAACCCCCGCUCCCGAUUUAUUGCAAUGAUACCAACCUCUUGAGGCUUAUGAUCCUCAUCAAAGAGUGGCUUUUCCGGCUUUGUUAUAUACCUGUGAUUCUCCUUGCUAUUUUAGAGUGUGCUUCGAGCUGAGAGGAUGUGCUCCCUUCUUCCUCUUCCCUCUGUUUCCUGUCUUGUUCUCAGAAUCGAUGAUGAAUGUCGAAGGGAUGUGCGUUUGUGUCUUCUACACUCAUACUCUCUCAUAUCUCUUGCUCGCUGGCCAGGGUCGUGGCUUCAAGGAUGAUGGGCGGCGGAUUUUUUGCAUCUGUCAUUUUACUGAUUAGCAUUCUCCCAAAAUGGUUUUCAUGGGGGUUCUUUGUUUUAGUCUUACGUUGUCUUUGUUUUCCUAUUGUUUUUUUCCUAUCUUAUGUGUUAACUUUGCCAUGCGCAGGUCAUCUUCUCAUCUCUCCUCUUUCUCUGUGUGUCUUUUCCUUCUCCUCCUUUCCUUUCUCCUCCGCUUAACGUACAUUAUGCUAUACGGACUAUUUUUUCGUCUCUGGUUUUAUUUUGUGUGUACCAUUUAAACCGGACUCCAUUUUCUCUGGUCUUUCUUUUCCAUUUCUUUGAUCUGCCUUUGGUUUCUCUAAUAUGCUCAAAUGUUGGCUGUCAUUGCUCAUGUGCUGCUCUGUACAUACCCAAUCCACCUAGGCAGCAUAAGGCACCUCAUUUUGGAAUAAGGAACCCUAGUUCCAGGCCAGAAUCGAUAAAAUUUACAAGAGGAUGAUCAAAGAGGC